AUGGUCAGUGGGUUGCAAUUAUCCAAGCAUGGAAGCACUCCUUUUGAAGAUCCAGCGCUAUAUCGAAGCCUAGUUGGAGCUCUUCAGUAUAUCAACAUUACUAGGCCAGAUGUAUCUUAUUCUGUCAACAAUUUAUGUCAAUUUAUGCAUUCUCCUACUGUUGCUCAUUUUCAUGCGCUGAAGCGAGUGCUGCGUUAUUUAAAAGGGACUAUGCAUCUUGGUUUACAACUUCGACAAUCUCCGACAUUAGUUGUCAAUGGCUUCUCUGAUGCGGACUGGGCAGGGAGUCCUGAUGAUCGGCGAUCCACUCAUGGUUAUUGUAUUUUCCUAGGGUCUAAUCUGGUAUCAUGGUGUUCCAAGAAGCAAAGAGUUGUUUCACAAUCUAGUACUGAAUCUGAAUACCGAGGCUUAGUUGUUGCUACGGCUGAGAUUACAUGGUUACAACAUCUUUUACAAGAAUUACAUGUUCAUUUGCCUAAACCUCUUAAGCUCUGGAAGGGUGAUAGAGGUCGUUGUAAGGACUGUAAGAUUAUUCCGAACGAGAAUCUUACUAUCCAUCAUAAGUUUUUGAUGAUGAACUUGAAGAUUAAGCAACAGGGGAGGAAGAAGGCUUUAUAUGAGCGAUCGAGGAUUAAAUAG